ACUCUCUCCAGGUUGAGACACAUCAGCAUCCAGCGUGGAAACUGAUGCCUUCUUUGUCCGACACGUCAGAUUCAUUUAAACAAAGCGCAGAGUAUAAUUCUUAGCGGGCUCGCCGUGUUGGGCUUCUUCUGUAAUUUUCUGUGUGUGUAAGGCCCUUAUGAAAACCCUGUGGAAUAGAUCAUUCUGCUCUUCGGUUUCAUCGGUUGCGGCGGUGAAGCUGUGACGAUGGCCUUUGGGUUUCGUAACGGAGGCGUCGUGAUUUAUGUGGAGGGUGUCCCAGGUUUGUUGUCCUCCUCCGCUUGAGUUCAUAUGCUUCGCCUGGAUUCUAAGGAUAUUCUGUUCCUAGGUUUGUAUUGGCAGACACUUGAAAGGCUUUCCGACCGUCACUCCGCGGCGGAGUUUCUUGCAGUCAUGGGUUCAGUAAUCACACUUAAAAACUUUGUAUAUUGCAGAUAUGGUUGUUGCUGUCGGGCUGGUCAUGGAUGUUACUCCUCGCCAUCUCAUUGGUUGGGGAGCAGUUUGAUUUAAUUUCGAUAUGUGACAGUAACAAUGGUUGCUGCUGGUAUCAACAUAGUUCCCGUGAUCGGAAUGGAGUAUAGAACUCUCUCAGGUGUUGCAGUUCUCUUGGUCAUCAUUGAACAAGUCAAGUGUCUUCCUUACAAUGAGAUUGUUAAUAUUCCCUUCAGAGAUGAAUCUAUGAGAUAUGGUCAGAACCUGGAGGUUAACGGGGAGAAAGGAACUGGCCAGGUAGAGGAGUUCUCAAAGAUCAAUCUGCUCCUGUCUAUAUAACCAUUGGUGAUGGAGGAAACAUUUAAGGAUUUUCUCCAAAAUGACUGAGCCUCAGCCUAAGUACUCUGCCACAGAGAAGCAAGCUUUGGACACGUUAUAAUCUCAAUAUAGAAGUGGAUAUAUGCGCAGUAUGAAUGGCACAAGAACAAGUUAUGUAGUCGAGGCUGACACCAUGUGGUUUUACAACAGGUUAUGCCAUCCUGAUGAUGAUUCUCCUUAGUAUCAAAAUACCAGGUCAUGUGAUAUAUGUUGUUGUAUGCAUUUUUUGUAAUUGAAUAACGAUGAAUAAAGACAACGUGGAUUAGUUUUUU